CGAGAGCCGAAUAACGACCAUGCCGGGGUUGGUUGCGGAGCCCACAGGGGUGCGCAAGAGAAAGCUAGAUGAUACUGCUGCACGCGAUGUGGCCUUGAAGUCGCGCAAAGCACCCAAGACGGCAGCAGCUGGCGAGAGCACUGAAGAGAAGGUCUUGCGCCUUGAGGAACAGGUUCUCCAUGGCCGGGAGCACUACAAUAACAUCGUCGAGCUUCAACGGCUCCAGCGCAACUAUGAGACCAAGCCGAGAGCUGCUUCGCUUGCAGCAGUCUCGCUCUGUAGAGUCUUCUGCCGUCUUAUUGCAGCAGACGAGUUGCGAAAGCGAGGCGGCGCCUCUGAUGCCGACAUUCAGAUUGUUCGGUGGCUGAAAGCGCGGCUGAGAGAGUACGUUCAGAGUUCGACGGAGUGGAUUGGUGUUCCAGACCCAGCGCAAGAAAGCACGGCGCUGACACUGCUCAUGCGAAUCGUUAAGGUGGAAAUUGCGCAGGAUGUCAAACAGGCUGAGCAGGCGUGGAAGACCGAGAGCUCAACAUUCUGGCGGGUGCUGAAGGCAUUGCUGGAGAAGACGGAAGCUGAGGGAGCGAGACAGGAGUUCGUCGAGCGGUAUGUGGAAGAGCACGAUGAUGUGCGCUUCUACACUCUCUUCGUGGUCAAGCAAAUUCUAGCCACUUCCCACUUGGAUCGAGAGGCGGCUACACGCAAUGCUAUCGAGCUUCUGACACAGAUCGAAGACGUGCCAAAGUCAGACGAUGACCUGCAACACUGGUACGGGCAGCCGCCAUCCGAAGGACACAAGCAGUUGCGCUCUCUCAACGCACACCGUAAGGUCGCGCAAGAAGCAUGGCUUACCAUAUUUCGCUCAAAGCUCACGCCGGACCAACGCAAGCGCAUAAUCAGCGUUGCAACGACACAUCUCCUUCCAUGGUUCUCUACUCGGUCAGAGUUGCUUACGGACUUCCUCACAGACACCUUUAAUGCAAGUGGGUCACUCGCGCUACUCGCUCUGAACAGCAUCUUUUACCUCAUAACCGAGAAGAACAUUGACUACCCGGAGUUCUAUACGAAGCUGUACAGCCUGUUGGAUGAGGACAUCAUGCACAGCAAGCACCGUAGUCGCUUCUUCCGGCUGCUUGAAACCUUCAUGAGCUCGUCGCAUUUACCUGCAGCCAUGGUGGCGAGCUUCAUGAAGAGGCUCGCGCGGCUUAGCUUGCAAGCACCGCCGGCAGCGAUCGUCUGGGUGGUACCAUGGGUCUACAAUAUGAUGAGGCAGCAUCCGUCAUGUACGUUCAUGCUGCAUCGUCCUUAUCAUCCUGCACAUGCGAUCUGGUCUGCCAAGUCGGAGCCUGCAGAAGAUGGCAUGAAUGAUCCGUUCAACCCAUCAGAAGGAGACCCGAACCUCACUGGGGCGAUAGAUAGCUCGCUGUGGGAGCUCGAGAGCCUGCAGUCGCACUACCAUCCUAAUGUGGCCACUUUGGCGAAGAUCCUCGGCCAGCAGUUCACGAAGGACAAGUAUAACCUAGAGGAUUUCCUCGAUCAUUCGUAUGGUACCCUGGUUGAGGCUGAGCUCAAGAAGGAGAUGAAGAAGGAGCCGGUCGUUGAGUGGGAGAUUCCGAAGAGGAUUAUCACAACCGAAGAUGGCGGGCUUGACAGGAUCGGCGGGCUCCUACGGGAUGCACUGAGCGUUGCCUGAAAGCAUUUGCUGCCUUAGUUACAAGAUGCUGUCUGCUUUAGUGUCGUCCGUCUACCACACAGAGAACACAUUCGCCCUGCCGUCCACAGCUGAGAAGAGGCCCUUUCGGUCUUCGGAAGCGAGCCCUUCGGGCCCCGAGCUCCGAGACGAGCCAUCAGCCAUGUCCAUUUUCCAUAUC